AUGCCAGGCAAAACCCUUCACACUGACGCUGAGGUCUACGACUUCGUUCUCAUCGGAGCCGGAUCAGCUUCUUGCUUAAUCGCAUCACGUCUUUCGCAACAGCUGCCUGACCACCAGAUUCUUGUUCUGGAAGCUGGAGAACAUAUUCGCAAUGACCCUAAAGUGCAGACACCUGGUCUAGCCACGAGGCUACUAUCGGAUCCCACUUACGAUUGGCGAUAUUCUUCUGCGCCGGAGCCGGGGUUGAAUAACAGGAAGGUUGACCAUCCCAGGGGAAAACUGGUGGGCGGUAGCAGUGCGAUUAAUAGUCACAGUGUGGUGUUUCCUAAUCACGAAUGGCACGACGACCGUGUGGUAGAGGAGCUUCUAUCAGAUGCGGGGAGAGAAGAGUGGGGCUCACGGGGCAUGAGCGAUUGCUAUAGACGAUGGCAGGCAGAACAUCCCAGUUCAAGAGUAGAUGACGAUGGAGUAUCUCUGGAUCGUGUGCAGACAUCAUACCCGCGUACCUGGGAUCUACUUCGAACUCGAUGGGUGGAAGCCUUUGAGGAGCUUGGUUGUCCGACGAGGGCUACAGGGUUUACCGAGAGCUCUGCCGGAGCAGUCAACAUCACCAAUGCGAUCGAUUCCUCAAAAGGCGAACGAAGCCAUGCAGGUAUAGCAUAUCUAGAACCCGCCUUGAAACGUGGCACUGUCACAUUGAAGACUGGCGUAAAGGUUGAUAAGAUUGCAUUUGAUGAGGCAUUGACUGCUGAUGGAAAACUCAAUGCUAGAGAAAUCAUCCUCGGUGCAGGCGUAUUUGAACCGUCCCUCAUCCUGGAACGAUCCGGCAUCGGAUCUAAAAAGAUUCUUGCAGACGCCAAUAUCCCGGUCCUGUACGAACUUUUAGGGGUCGGUGAAAACUUGCAGGAUCAUCUGAAUUGCGGCCUGUCAUGCGAAACUCAAGACGACAUCCCUACCCGUGACGAAAUAAUGCGAAGCCCCGAAUUGCAAAAGACCGCAUUGUUGGAGUACGAAGAAAGCCACACUGGCCGAGUGUCAGAAGGGGCCGCAUAUAGUUUUGCCUUUACACCACUACAGAUGCUGGAAACUCCAUCGGAUACACAGGACCUUAUCGAAAUAGUCGAACAUUGGAUGAAAAACGAGAGUAACCCGAACCUAAAGGCCCAGUACUCCAUUCAAAAGGCGGUCGAAAGUCCCAACGAAGCGACAACCACCUUGUUCAUGCUGCGUACACAACGUCAUAAAGACGCUGAUUCGCUCCCCAAAGGCACGCCAUCUGUUGUAGAUGGCAACUGUAUAAGCGUUGUAGCAAUGUUGGCUCAUCCCUUCUCGCGUGGAAGCUGUCAUAUCUCA